AUGGCGGAAAAGAAAAACGAAUUUCCACCGGGCGUGGAGGCAAAAAGGCGUUUGCUGGCCUUUGAUACAUGGGAGGACUAUUUAGAUUCACUCAUUGAAAUUGCUGAUUUGCGAAAUCUAAGGAGCAUCGACUCUGCAAGAACCGUAGCGGCUUUAGGUUAUAGAGCAAAUGGUGACACAUUAAAUGAAAAGGAGUUCUACACAAGUCGCGCUGUUAUACAUGCCAUUGUUUAUCCGGUGGUUCGGCCGUACGUGUUGGUUAGCGAGGGGGCAAAAAUUGACGACCCCUUCUUUAGGGAGCUUGCUGUCCGCGAACGAGCAAACAGAGUCGGGAUUUUACAGUCCGUUAUUUUCAUCCGGCAUUUCACCAAAGGCGGCUUUGAAAUAUCCGGCUACAUUGAUUACGCUCACCGCCUCAUAACGGAGGAUUGGGGUCCGUUUUUUAGGAGCAACAAAAUGCUUUGGCCAAAAGAUACCGAUUUGGGCUACUAUCAUUGGAGACAUGGCACUGUCAGAAGCAAUAUAAGUAGGAAUUAUAAGCCAGUAAUGGAUACAGAGAAAGGUCUUCUCUUCCAAAACAGGCACGAUCACAAGAUCAUUUGCCCCGACCCGCACCAGGAGCCUGGUCAAAACACUACAAAGCAGAGGGUGUAUUCAAAACGCUACACCCAAGUCGAAAUAUACGAUCAUGUCGUCAGAAGAAAGACUUGAGCAAUGUAAUUUAAUAUCAAAAGGCCAAAUAUUUUUUA